AUGGCCGAAAGCUUGGUUCAGAUGGGCCUAAUGGCCGCGUCUGAGAGCGAACAGACUCAACCUUCUGCUAUCAUGUCUUCCAUAACUACCAACGGCGGCAGCAAGACGCACCUCGCCGCCCAGUGCACAGACAAGGGCACUCCUUUGUCCGUCUCCUCACGGCCAACACCUACCCCGGGGCCAGGGCAAGUCCUCAUCCGCCCCAGCGCCGUGGCGCUCAACAUUGUCGACACAAUCCAGCGCGACAUUGGCUUUCACGUGGACACUUAUCCGUCGGUCCUGGGCUCGGACAUUGGCGGGACAAUCGUAUCUGCUGGACCCUCGGGUGUGCCCGAGUACCUCAGCAAGCCGGGGACCCGCGUGACCACGUUCGCCAGCGCCUUUUUCGAGCAUGGGAACCCCGACUACGGCGCCUUCCAGGAGCUCGUCCUGGUCCCGGCAGCUUCGGUCUCGCCGAUCCCCGACGGCAUGGACUGGCCAGAGGCGGCGAGCCUGCCCAUGAACAUCUACGUCGCGCUGGCGGCGUGGGACAUGUGCGGGCUGGACUACCUCUCGCCCACUGCGGGAGGCAAGAACGAGGCCAUUCUGGUCUGGGGUGCUGCGACCAGCAUCGGGACCAUGGCGGUGCAGACCGCCAAGCUUAUGGGGUACACUGUCGUCGCGACCGCGAGCGAGGCCAAUCACGAGUACCUGAGGGGUCUUGGUGCGGAUGUGGUGUUUGACUAUCACGACAUCGAAGCUGCGCAAAAGAGCGUGGUCGGGUUUGUGCAGGGGACGCAGUGGAUGAAGAUGCGAUACUGCUUCCUCGGAGCAGGAGAUCUCGCUGGUCCACAGGCCAUCUUGAAGGAGCUGAACGGCGACCAAGGUGGUGCAUUCAUCGCCCACGCGCCCCUUGUUCCAGCCGACGCUAAGACUGUCGACGGUGUGGAGGUCAAGUUCAUUUCUCCCAGGGAGGGUGAUGACGAGCGCGAGAAGCAGUAUGCGGGAUGGUUUAAUGUGUAUCUGCGGGAGAAGCUGGCCGAUGGAAAGAUCCGCCCAAGUCCCGAGGUCAAGAUUGUGGGCAAAGGCCUGGCGGCGAUCGACGCCGCUCUUACAGAUCUCAAGGAGAAGGGCGUCAAGUGUGCGAAGCCGGUGAUUUUGCUGCAGGAGUGAGUGUCUUGCACUAUUAAAAGAGCGGCCGGUCUACUAGAAUAACAGACAUGAAAAUCAAUCAAGUUUCGUGACCAACAAGCAAACUUUGGGAAAUUCGGUGAACUCAUGUCACAUGUCCUACCAGUCAUUGUUGUUUGAUGCUGGAAAUUGACUCUUUCCAAGUAGUGAGGAAUGAAACCCAUGCUGAGCUUUGGGGCUCUCGUUGGACUCCAUGCCUGCACUCCUCCAUCAACCGACACAUCCACUCGGGGCGGACGAUCUAUAGCCCAUUAAUGAGAGCGACCAUAAUCUUGCCGAAAGAAGAACAAGCCCACGCGGGCGAGCUUGUCAUUCAGCCCACAGACUGCCUAGGAUCCAAACUCGUUGUCGCCAACCAGGAGUUUGUGCAACCAUUCGUCAGGUCAGGUUACCGGUACGG